GUGCAUACAUGCGGAAAGUGAAUAACUGUUAGUGUCCUAUUUGGGUGUGGACAAGGUUAUCAGUGGCUAUAUAAAAUACGGAGUAAUGGGAUUUAGUCGUAUCAGUCCUGCGAUAUCAAUAUUCAAAACAACAACCAUGAACCAACUGUCCGUAGCUGUUUUCUUCGUAGCCGUCGCCGCCGCCAGCGCUGGUGGUCUCCUUGGAGCCGGUAUCAUCGGCGACAAAGGAGCCCUCGAAGGCGCCCUGGGAGGCCAAUGGAUCCCCGACACCGUUGAAGACGGCGCCCACGGAGCGGCCAUCGUCGGCCACGGCAGCGCCAGAGGAGCCCUCGAAGGCGCCCUGGGAGGCCAGUGGAUCCCCGAUGUGCCCGUAGCCCACGGACCGAUCGCCGCCCCCGUCAUCGCCGGCCCCUUGGCUGCCCCCUUGGCCGGACCCUUGGUGGGACCCUUGGGAUUAGGAUUGGGAUUGGGACACGGUCUUGGCUUGGGAAACGGUCUGGGCUUGGGUCACGGAUUGGGAGUUGGUAUCGUCGGACACGGAGUAUCCAGAGGAUCUUUGGAAGGCGCCCUGGGCGGUCAAUGGAUACCCGAUGUGCACGGUCAUUAAGAAUAUUUUUAUAAGUAAUUUUGGAAUGCCGGCUGACUUGUAAUUAAUUUGAUUUAUUUUUAUGUUUUGGUCGAGGUCAGUUUGUGUCUUUGUAAAGCGAAAAUUUUGAAAUUAUAGUUUUUAAUGUAUCGAUUUUUUUUAUUUUGUCCUUUAAGAAUAUUGGCAAUUAAUUUUUCUUCCUAUAAGAAAUUCGCUAAUAUUUUAAAGACCAUCUGGUUUUGUUGAAGGCGUUUAACUUUCUUUAAACUCGAAGGUCGACUUGUACUGGUCUUUGUUUUACGGAAUUAAAACCGUCGAUCGAUUUGAUUUAUAGUUCUCC